AUGGACAUCUUAUCGGAGCAUCUCCGUCGCUGCGUAACAUGUGACACUAUCAAGUCCACUCUGACGACGUCUUCGCCCACAGUGGAAGCCAGCGGACGCGCCACAAUAGGAGGAUCAUCACGAGCGGCCCAGCAGUUCCACAUCCCACUCGCGCAUCCAGUUGUGGAUUUGGAGUUUCGAGUGAAGGACGACGACGUUUUUGGCGCGCAGACGAUGGGAAUUGUGAAGAUUCUAGCGUGGCUGAUUGCUACUGGCCAGUUAAUUUUCGACUGGUUUCCUAUCAUUGGACCGUUCGGGAAGCCGGCGAAGCGAGACACAGCGUUGCACGUGCAGAUGAAAUUCACGCUGGUGGAGGAGAAUUUGCUUUACCAGCGAGGCAUUGCAGCGGAUCCGGAGCACUGCGAAGUGAGGAACACGUAUUUUCCAGUGAGAAAGGGGAGUUCAGUAAGGUUGUAUCAAGAUGCGCAAUGUCCCGAAUCUGGCAAAGGGAAGUUACCUGAGGUAAAACUUGAGAAUGGAGAGGUUUAUAGGCACGGGAAGUGUUGGGAGGGUAUUUGUUAUGCCAUAUUUGAGGCUCAUCACAUGGUGUAUUUGGUGGGUUGGUCGAUUUCCCACAAGGUGAAGCUUGUUAGAGAGCCUACUAGGACGUUCCCACGAGGUGAUUUGACGCUUGGAGAGUUGCUGAAGUGUAAGUCUGAAGAAGGGGUGAGAGUGUUGUUGCUAGUUUGGGAUGAUAAAACUUCGCACGAUAAGAUUUUACUCAAGACGGUUAGGAUUUUACGUUCUUUCCUUUUUGUAAUCGGUCGGAAUGCUUGA